AAAUGAAGAAGAAAAAGAUGGAUUUGAAAUGGAAGCAAUGGUACUUUAUGUGCAUUGUUCUUGCUAGCAGAGUUGCAGAAGCCCAUGUUUUCGAUGUCAAAGACUUCGGUGGGAAGGCUGAUGGGAAGACAGAUAUCAGUAAAGCUCUGUUAUCUGCUUGGAAUAAUGCCUGUGAAUCACUUGAACCAAGUACAGUUCUCAUUCCAGAGGGAACCUACUUCUUGGGUCCUGUAAUUUUGCAAGGACCAUGCAAGAGUCCUUCAAUUGGGUUUCAGCUUGAAGGAGUUGUGCAGGCUCCAUCCAAUCCUUUCGUUUUCAAGACCGACGGUUGGACUGUUUUCCAAUACAUCAAUGGCUUGACCCUCUUCGGAAAAGGAACAUUUGAUGGGCAGGGACAAAUAGCUUGGAAUAUCAACAACUGCGCCCAAAAUCCUAAUUGCAAAAUGCUCCCCGUUAGUUUAAGAUUCAACUUCCUCAACAACACUUUGAUCAGAGACAUAACCUCACUGAACAGCAAAAAUUUCCACAUGAACUUCUUGGCAUGCUAUGACAUGACAGUUCAACACAUUAACAUAUCAGCACCCGGCGAGAGUGCCAACACGGACGGUAUCCACAUGGGAAGCUCGGCGAGGAUCAAUAUUACCGACACAGUGAUCGCUACCGGUGACGAUUGCAUCUCCAUUGGUCCUGGUACCCGCAAUCUAACUGUUACCAAAGUUGUAUGUGGACCAGGGCAUGGCGUUAGUGUGGGGAGCUUAGGCAAGUACAAAGAUGAAGAAGAAGUAAGUGGAAUCUCAGUGAGGAACUGCACCUUCAUCAACACCCAAAAUGGUGUAAGGAUCAAGACAUGGGCUUCCUCACCUGCCGGUAUCGCCUCCGAUAUCAUCUUUGAGGAUAUCAUCAUGCAGAAUGUCUCCAAUCCAGUCAUCUUGGACCAAGAGUAGUGCCCACAUUUCAAAUGCGAUAAGGAUGAGCCAUCGCUUGUUAAGCUCAGCAACAUCAAGUUCAACAAGAUCAGAGGUACAUCAUCUUCGCAGCUUGCAGUCAUAAUAGCAUGUAGCAAAGGGGCACCAUGUGAGCACUUGGAGGUUGGAGACAUCAAUUUGCAGUACAUUGGAACUGAUGGUCCCGCUCAGUCUACAUGUUCUAAUGUGAAACCCAUUCGUUCCGGCCUGCAGAUCCCCCCUACUUGUA